ACAACUGACAUUAGCAAAAUUUCAAAAUGCAUUCAAACGAUGAGAAAACAGAUCUGAUUCUUAUUUAUGGCGAAUUUGGAAAAAAUGCUUCUACCGUUGAACCUUAGUAAAGACAAUGUUUCCUGUAUAGAAAAGCUCCAAAAAGGCUUGAAAGUGUUUUCCAAUGGUAGAUAGACAAUAACCUUAAAAACUGUGUUUCCUUUCUUGUCAAUUUCUUUGUGUCAGUUACGCGAUAACUAUGUUUUAUUACUUUUAAAAUUCAUAAUCAAAAUCCAUGAAGCCUAUGCAAAUGUAUUACUGGCUGCAGCUCAAAUGUGGUUAGGCUCAUUAUCACUUGUGAAAUACCCUGUAUUUGUAAGUAGGUGCACCAGUUGAAAGGAUGAGCCCUCGCAUGAGCCUCUUAGACAGUGAUCCUGUGAAGCUCAUAAAACCAUCAACUUCUGGGUGUACCAGUAUCGGCGGCGGCGUCGGAAAGGAAUCUAUACUUAAUAAAAUCGGGUUCGAGAACGAAGAAUGUUUGACAUCGCAAGACGGCUUCAACAGCGUGUGAACCGGACGAAACGCCGCCGCAACGACACCAGAACACAAAUUAGAAAUAAUUUAAGUAGUUUAAUAUCAACAGCCAAUAUGAGACCAGUGCAGAGGAGAUUUAUUGAGAGUCAACUGCGAAAUGUGAGGCGCAAAUCGCAAGGCAGGCGUUUUACGUUUGAGGACAAAGCCGAUGCCUAGUGGAAGUGUGGUCCAAAAACGUAUAAACAAAUGUCUAAAUGGUUUGCCCUCCCAUCAGUCAGUACUCUCAAGGCAACCCUAAAAGACAUUCCAAUCAAACCAGGUAUAUCAAAACCAAUCUUUCAGGUCCUCAAAAAGCAAAUAGGUCAAAUAAACGACAAAAGUCGUUUUUGCAUUCUUACCUUUGAUGAGGUGGUUUUACAACCUCAUUUGAGUUAUUUGCUUUAUGAGGACCGUGUGAUUGGUUCUGAAGAUGAUGGUUGGAAUGACGGUUUGCGAGAGACCAAAUCAGUAGCGGACCAUGCUUGUGUUUUUAUGUUGAGAGGUAUUUACAAAAAGUGGAAACAACCUGUUGCCUUUGCUUUUUGUAAAUCUUCCAUGAAACCCGCGAGCAUUGUCCGCUUCUACAAAAAUAUUAUACGAGAAGCUACAGCUGCUGGUCUAGUGGUAAUUGCUUCUGUUUGUGAUCAAGGAACCACAAAUGUCAAGGUUGUAGAUAUGCUCCUUGCUGAGACACAAAGACAAGCUUCUUUGAAAAAUGAGGAGGUCAAUAAAAAUAUAAUUAUGGUAGACGGUUCUACUGUCAUUCCAUUAUUUGAUCCUCCUCAUCUUUUAAAGAGUUUGGGAAACAACAUGCUCAGCAAAGACGUACGCUACAGGGAUCCUAACGAUGGCCGGGUCAAAGUGGCAAAAUGGUCAAAUUUAAUAGAGGCAUACCGAAUGGACCAGCAACGCGGAAACUAUCGGUUCAUGAGAAAACUUUCUGACGAACACGUCUUUCCUGAGAAAAUCAGGAAAAUGAAGGUUUCCUUAUGUACCCAAGUUUUCAGCAAAAGCGUAGCUACUGGUAUAGAUAUUUUUGUUGAUCUCAGCGUAGGGGGAUCCACUUUGCCUUCUGAUGCACGCCAUACUGCUCGCUUCUUUUCCAUCUUAGAUGACAUUUUUAAUAGUGUCAAUGGAGGCUUUGGUAACGUUCCCGGAAGACCUCUACUUUCAAUGGUAGGAGAAGAACAUGAGAAAUGUUGGAGAUUUGGGAAAGAAAUGUUUCGCAAUAUGGAAUUCGUCACAUCUAAACCUGGGGAACGAACAAGGCCCCCAGUUUUAGACGGGUGGUAUUGAACUCUAGAAGGUUUUCUUUUGAUUAAAGAAACUCUAAAUCGUCUAGAGUGUUCAUCUUUUCCAGCA